AGAGGGGGGAAUAUUAAGAGUCAAGAUAAAGCAAGGAAGGAGAGGGAGGGGGGGACGCACACACAAGCCAGCCUCCAAGCGUGCGUGUGUAGUAGCAGAGAGAGACUGAGAGGCGACUAGAGAGAGAGAGGGAGAGAGAGAAAGCAGAGAGCAGAGGGAGAGCGUACGUAGCGUGAAGGAAGGGAGAGAGCGGAGGGAAGAGAGUCAACGCAUGUCGCCAGAUUGAGAGAGACAGGGAAGAAGCGGAUGAGGAGUGGGAGGAGAGGGGAGCAAGGAUUUUGUCUGCUUGAGAGAACAGAGAAAAGGAGAAAGAGAGGGAGAGAGAGAGAGAGAGGGAGAAGGGGAGGAGAGGAGAGGCGUUCCGGUCUCAGUCAAGUAAGCAGGCAGGCUGGUAGGCUGCUAGGCAGGCAGUGUGGAGCCGGCAGUGCUGCAUUGUGGAUGUAAACUUUAUCAUCUGCGGGAUCCGGGGGUCGCAGCUGCAGAGCAGGGGGGAAGCGGCGCGGCGGUGGAUUACCAUGUGUGUCCUCUGAACGCCGAGCACCAGGAUGCUGCAUCUCCACCAGGGGAAAAGCUGGCUGUGGCUCGCCUGCAGAGGGAAGUCGCACGGAGCAAGAGCGAAGGAACAAUGCGAGAAAAGCUGAUCCACGAGCUAGAGGAAGAGCGACGCCUGCGACUGGACAGCGAGAAGCGUCUCCGGGAGGUGACAGAGGAGUCGGAGCUGGGACGGGCGCAGAUGGUAUCACUGCAGCAGCACUUCUCCAGGAUGGAAGAGACGGUGCGGUCGCUGCUGCAGAAUCAGGGCGUCCUGGAGCAGACUGCUGUGGACACAGUGGACAUCAUGAAGGCCUACAAGGAUAAACUCUCAGAGGAGGUGCAGAAGCAGCACGACGGCCCCGAAGAGCACAGCUCGCUGCCGGCAGAUCAGCCGGAGCCGGACCCAGGGCCGCUGCCGGAAGCCGAGUCCGAUGCCGGCCAAGCAGAAGAGGACAAAGACAAAACCAAGCUCCUUGUGGAGCGCCUCAAGGCCCUGGAGGAGGAGAACUCUGCCUUGGCCUUGGAGAAUGAGAGCCAGAGGGAGCAGUACGAGCGCUGUCUGGAUGAGGUUGCCAAUCAAGUUGUGCAGGCACUUCUCACCCAAAAGGACCUGAGAGAGGAGUGUCUGAAGCUGCGAACCCGUGUGUUUGACCUCGAGCAGCAGAAUCGGACCCUCAGUGUUUUGUUCCAGCAGCGGGUCAAGCCCGCCUCCGACCUGCUUCUCCAGAAACUCCACUCUCGGAUCAUGGAUCUGUCUGCGGCAGAUUUGCUUCUGGAGCCAGAAAGAAGCAAGGGCUUGCUCCUUUCCAGGAACGCAGACUCUCCCUCUCAAGAAGUCCAGUUGAAUGGAAAGGCAGGUCUUCCUGUGAUGAAGUGUCUGAGCCAGUUGAGUCUGACAGUGCCAGCACCCACCUACCCACGCAGCAGCUGCAGCAGCAGUGAGUUGUCUCUGUCAAGUGCUUGCAGUGAAUACUCCAGUGGCUCCUACACCUGGAAUGAUGGGCGCUCCUGUGGGAAAAUGUCCUCUCUGACCUGGGAGAAGAGGCUGAGUCUGGGUUCUUCAGCUCCAAGCAAUAUCUGUGCCCCUCUGGAGGAGCAACUGCCCACACGGCGCAAGGAGAGCCAUAUACUAGAAGGGCUCAGAAAGCUCCAGAGGAGGAAACACAGAAGCUCCUCUUCCUCGUCCAAGGUCUCCAAGUCAGGCUCCAAGGACUGCAUGAACUCUAAUGAGGGUAUCUACUCACUGGGUAUCAAGAGUAGCAGUAAAGGGGUUUCCAAGCCUACUUACAUGGGCAGAACUUGCGCUUCGGGUCUUGGGGUCAAGAAGUUCUCUUAUGAUUCGGAUGACGCAGAUGAUGAAUUGGCACAUUCCAGUCGAAGAGACAAGAUCCCCAGCAAGGAUAGCUGGUUUUACUGUAAGAAGCUCUCCCACAGCAUCUCAGACAGUUUGUGCAGCUGGGAGGGCCCUCAGGACAGUGCACUUGGGGGUGAUGCUAGUACAGGACCCAUGGCCACUAAGCACCCUCCUGGUUAUGACUCCAAAGAGCGUCCUGAGAAGCUCAUGAGCUACAUUAACAGUUUCCUCCCUGGGGGAGGCCGGGCCUCAGCUUUCACUAAACCCUCCCUGCUGCACAUCAACUCCUCUGAUCCAGAGGGUCCCCUCCACCUCUCAGACACAGAUGACCCAGAGGAACUCAACUCUGAAUCCAGUGAUAUCCAUACAUCUAUUAGUCAGCAAGCAGAGCAGGUGGAGAGGGACCCCAAGAGGCUGUCCAGAGAUGCUGCCAAGCUGCUUACGCACCACUGCUUGAGAAGGGACCAGGGACGCACCCAGUCUGCAGAUGGGAGGCCUAGGCCAUUCAGCUUAAUUAAGGAGCCCAAAGUGGCCAAGUGUACUCAGUCUGAGGAAAGCAUCUUGGCAAUUUUUGAUGCAGAAGGAGAGCCUAUUGAGCUCUGUGCUCAGAAGCUAGCUGCAGGUUCCGGGUCUCGAAAUGAUACUCCAGGUAGCAAGGCAGUCACUGAUUACACAGAGUCAGUGACCCAAGAGAGGCCAAUAAGGCAAAAAGCAGGAAAUGCAAGAAACUACACUGUGCUUGAAUCCCCAGAAAAACCAUCUGAAUGUCAGAGCCGGCCAAGCAAAGCAAGCAAUAGCAGGGAGGGUAGUGCAGAAAGGCUAUCAAUGCACAUGACUCCACAAAGGAAACUGAUCAAACCACCAAAUAGCAGGGCUAAUAAAGGUCACUCCAUCCCUCCCAUGAAUGAUGGUAUCAAGUCCAAUGGUUCAAAGAUACCUGGCCGUAACAAACCAUCAGGAUCCCCACUGAGAUUUUCUAAGGGCUCCACCACUGAACCAAGCAACAGUGGAAACUCAGGACCCUCUGGUCAAGAGAAAUCCCCCGCCUCUCCUCCAGUUAAAAUGUCUAGGUUCAUCAAAACUCCAGGAGGAAGCUGCACACAGAGCCCAAAGGCAGUCAGUUCCAAACUCCCAAGCAGACCAGAAUGGAGUAAGGGCUCCUCUUCCAGUUCCCCGCACCUUCCCAGGAAGCACCUAGAUUAUGCUGACAAUGGCGAACAGCCGACCAGAGACAAACACUGUGAAACCAGCAAAAAUAAACUCAGGUCCCCUUCACCUCCCCCACCCCCAGGCCGCACCACCUCCUUACUGAUCAGACCAAAUUACGAAGGGUCUCCUCAAGCACAUAAAACAGCAGUGGCUCAACCAUCCACAGCAACCACUGUGAGGGGCCCUCCUCCAAGUUACCACCACCCAUCUGUACCAAAUAUGCAACCUAUGCUAACCACCAAGGGUCAAGACACUUUGGACUUGGAUGCAGGCUAUGGCACUGCACUCUCACCUCAGAAACUGGUUGACAAAACUAGUCAGCACCUUCAAAACUCACCUGCUAUGACUCAGACACCUACUAAAGGCACUUCCAAAAGGACAACCAUGAAACACUACCUCCCCUCUGCAAACUCAGGGUGUGCCCCAGAACAUGAAAAUGCGCCUAAAAGUUCAAAGAAUGUCCCUCCACCCUACAGCGCCCUCAGGGGAUCCUCACUUCAGAACACAUUUGCUAGUAAGAGAGGGUCUACCCAUGAAAAUGUCAAUCAGUCAAUGCAUAAUACCUCUAUUAAUUUAUCAGUGUCACUUCAGGAGCCCCCUCAGUGUAAAAUAGAAAAUAGUAAGAUGCUAAGUCCUCAACCUGUUGUCAGCCCGCCCAGCUCCGUUAUGAGUGCCCCUAAUCCAGUAGAAAAAACCUCAAAGACACGCAUCCCAAUGGGGUUCAAAGCAUUUUUAAAAUCUCCCCCAAGCCACAAGAGUAGCCCCUCUAUGCCAGGUAAGCAUGAGAAAGAUCAUAUCAAUUCGGUCUCAAAGGACACUGUGACUUCAAAUGUGUCUACCCAGUGUGACAGCUCACCGCCAGCAUAUAGUACCGUUUCACCAUCCAAAACAUCCAUUGCAGAGGGGAAAGGUGAUGUCCAUGGUAGGUUUUUGGAGGAGGAAGUGCAAACUGCUGUGUUACCAGAGGAGGGGGAGGUUUGUGACAAAGGGAAAAGGAGUAGUCAGCUUUUCUCCAGAUCCAUAUCAGUUACUACCAAAUCACAUCUAAAACCAGCCUUGGGGAUGAAUGGAGCUAAGGCCCGCAGUCAGAGUUUCAGCACAAACUACAUGGAGAAACCUAACAUAAACAUGCCGGAUGGACCAGGGAAGAUCCGAACUCAAAUCAUUACCAACUCUGGAGAAAGAGGGAACUCUCUGUCCAGACAGAGUUCCUCGGAGGUACCUAGUGUUGGGUUGGUUGAGAGCCCUGUCCAUUCCCCCAGCAACCGGCUCAGCCACUAUGGCGGCAUGACAGGGUCAAACAGUCACAAUGUCCUUCCUGAAAGAACGUAUAAAUCUGGCUCCAAAGCUGAAGGUUCACAAGGCACAACGAAGGGAGAGGGAAUCACACCCCAACCCCAGAAAGAAGUACGUAGUUUACCCAUCACUGAUAGGACUGGCCAGAAGAAUGUCCGAAAGCCAGUAAAGGUUGCCACUCAUCCACAGUUUCAACUUCCAUCCUCUCAUGUCUACAGCUCUGAAAACUCAACACAGGAGAUGGGAGGUACAGUGACCACCCCUAAUAAAACAGACCCAAGCAGGGGUCUAAAAACCCAAAUGGACUCUACGAACAAAUCACCAGAGAUUGAGGAGAAAAAAGUUAGCCCAACAGUCUGCACCAUUGAAGAGAAAGUCAUGAUGGGAAUCGAAGAAAAUGUGCAGAAAUGUCAAGAACAGGAGAAGGUCACUGCCUCUGAGGGCAAACAAAAGACAGGCCCCUCUCUAGCAAACUGGUUUGGUCUCCGUAAAAGCAAACUACCAGCUCUGAGUGGUAAGAAAACAGAUUCCCCCAAGGGAAAAGAGGAGAAAAAGGAGUUGAAGAUUGGAUCUGUGCUUGGGGGCAAACAGAUGAAGUCUGACAAGAAGAAGGAUAAGAAGAAAAAUGACAACCAAUGCAAAGACAGUCAGGGGGGGCAGAAUCUGUCUGAGGUGAACAACAAGCUGAGCUCCAUCAUGGACCAUUGCAACAUUCAGAUGGGUCAGAUAGCCAAUCAAAUCCAGUGUACAACGGCCUAUAUCAGCAAAGACCAGUUUGUGAAAGACCUUCUUGGCAGGACCGCUGUGAAGGGCGACUCCCUGGCUGCAUCUCUGCCUGGGAUCUCCGUCCCCAAGAAACACAGUGAAAUGAAGGGAGAUAUGGAGAUCUGUGCAGAUACUGCUACCCUCAUCAUGACUCAGAAUAUCAAAAUGAAAGCUGAAAACGAAGAGGGCCACGUCCCAGACAGCACUUGUCAAGACCAUAUGAUAGGCUCUGGCUGUCAGAUGAGAACCCUCGACAGCGGGAUCGGCACAUUCCCGCUCCCUGAUUCUGUCACCAGGGCGGGCGGGCGCCACAUCCCUAAAUCUGAGUCCAGUCCUGAUGGGAUGACCAGCGGCUCCGCUGAGCUCGGUCAGGACGCCACGCCUUCACACCCAGACCCCUCACAACCUAACAUGAAAGUGCCUUCCCUCCCUAAAUCCCGCCUGCAUGCCCCCACCAACAUGGGUCACUCCCUCUCCGACCCCACAGUGACCUGCAGCAGCCGAGCCCAUGACACCCCGAGUCGCCUGCCCAAACCAGCCACCUCAGAUGCGAUCAGAACAAAGAGGCUGAGUCUUAGCGAGCCGCGCAGCAACAACUCAACGGCAACGGAGGACAAGGAGAAAGAGACAGAGAGGAGGAGGAAGGCCAAGGACCAUGAAUCAUCCAGUGAACGAGCUCUGAGAGUGUGCACGUACUCGGGCAGCAGCAGUGACACCGAGACUGAACCCGAGAGCACCGGAAGCACGCUGGGCUCGCCGCAGAAGACCCUGAUCAACAGGAGCAAGAAGAGCAACUCAGUUGAGCAGAAUGACGAGACGCUGAAGAGGAGCAGCGUGGAGAAGCCCCUGUCCAUCAUGGACUACUACCAACACGACAUGUUCUCACAUCUGGAGAAGGACAGCAGGCGGAUUUCCCAGUACAACUUGUUGCACAAAGAGUCUUCCCUCGACGGCAAGGCAGGAGACAGACUCAGCAAAGAGAUUUCCCUGGAGAAGACGUCAGUCAGCGGGAACCAGCCCGGCUCUCUGGAUUUCUCUUUGGAGUCCUUGAACAACCUGAACCACAGCAACUCCAGCAGCGGCACCCUGUAUCCCGAGACGGGGCUGGGAGGACGCAGAGGCGAUUGCCACGCCGACGUGGCAAAGAGCGGGGAGGACUGCUGCAAGGCGGACGAGCCCUCCUCCUCCAGCUUCUCCAGCAAGCCCGGGGCGGAUCCCGUGGGCUCCCUCAGCGACUCGCUGUACGACAGCUUCUCCUCCUGCACCAGUCAAGGCUCCAACGAUGUGUAGGGGCACAGACACGGCAACGCAGGGCUGUAGAGCUCGAGUCCGCUUUCCAUGCCACUCUCCACCACUCUAGGACUUGUCUCAGGCAUGUCCCUAAUUUUGACUCAGACUUAUCUUGGCCUUGGCCACUAUUGGAUGUCAAUUCCACUUUUUCCUGCCUACUCUAAUGUUUUAAAAAUCUGUUUUCCCUCCACCUGAUCCACCUAGUUAUUUUCUCCCAAACACAAACAAUUUGUUUUAUUAUCUAAAGGUCCACCGACAUCUGUGCAAACCUCUAUGCAUUGAUUUCUCCUUAACUUAUGCAUUAGUUAGCUGAAAUGUGUAGUGCAGUGUGAACUGCAGGUGUAGCUGUGUUUCUGUCAAUCCUUAAGGAAAUACCCAUGCUUUAUUUUACAGCUUGAGAGAAAUAUACCCAUUUCAUCACCUUUUUUGGUCUCAAAUGGGGCUUGAUUUUGCUCUGAACUCGGUCCUGGCUUGGUCUCGACCCUUUUCGGACCUCGUCUUGACUCAGAUUGAUCUUGGAAUUGACUGGGACUCGACUGAGGUGAUUGUGACUACAGCCCUGCCGCAGCAUGAGGGCCUUUGUGCUCCCCCUCCCCUAUAAACAACACGAAGCACUUAGCGGAGCUGAACAGAUGAGGAUGAAACCCGAACUGACUCGCCAAACCAGGAUUUAUCUACUUUUGACUCUGGGUGUGGUGGACUGGACAGCAAUACGCAACAAUGCCGUCUCCUUACAAUUUGUAGUUAUUAUCUUUGUUCCCACAUUUGGGAAUGACUAUCUUAUCAUUGCACUGUAACAAAUACUGUACAAAGUUUGUAAGGAGUGUAAAGUGAACGUUUUAUUAAAGCAGUUAUACACAGGGCAGCCUCUUUGGGCAACACUGACAGGCAACAUUGGCAUACAGAUGCCACAGCAUUGAUUGCAUAGAGGCUUCCUGUUGCCACAAAAGAUUUUCCCCCUGAGGUUUCAUUUUGUCUCUUGCUGCUAAGGACAUUGCCCGUCUAAAUUGCCGGAAAAAAAAAAAUUGCCUUGUGGCAUUACUACCCAUAGACAACGCCAAGAAAAACAACAACAUGGAAUUAUUCAGAACUGGUUGAUCCUUUUGUUUACUUCUUUUUUGAAGCAAUAUCCUUAAACAAGAUCAGGUUUUAAAUUGUCCUGUAAAUGUCUGUCAGUUCAUUUUUUUUUUUUUUUUUUGAUAAUUUUGAAGAUGAAUCUGUUUGCCAAUCUUGUCUUUAUGUAAGAUCUUUAUGUAGAGCAGUCAUGCAGCCGCAAAUGGUCAACAAACUAAAGACAAGAAAGCUGCAUGCUGCGUUUACUGAUCUGCAGAGUUAGCGAGAAGCUGCACAUUUAUCACUAUUCAGCUAACCAAACUCUUUUUUUUUUUUUUUUUUUUUUAGCAGCAAAUUUUCUAAUGAUGUCAACUGAAAUGAGCGUUGUGUUUCUGUGUCGUACAUUCACUGUUAAGAGAAUAAUGUCACUCCAUGAUGUUUCAGUGUCUGAAUGGUACAUAGGUGCAGUAAAUGACCAACUUCUGGCUUGAACAUCAUCCGGCAACCAAUGACAUUGGUGGUAGCUCAGGGAACAUACUGGACUAAUAUAGAUUGUAAGAAAUAAAAAAAAGUUACAGCCAACAGAAAAUUGCUGACAAAUGCAAACAACAGCAGGUAAUCUUUGCUCUUCAUAGUUUAUAAUGCAAAAUUUCCAGGAUCCAAACGGUCUAGUUAGUGUCUCAUGUAGCAUAGCGAACCCGAACUCUCCAAACCUCAGUUUUCCUUUUCAUAGUUGUAUAUUAUGUUGUAUAUAAAAAGUGCUAUAAGUUAAUAUCCGAAUGGGCAUUGCUGAUUGAUAUAUGCAAAUGAAAAGAACAAAAAACAAAUGUAAAGUGUUUUGCCAAUCAUUCAACCAAGGUUUUUGAGUCUACUGCUUGAAAAUGGCAUGUGUCUUUGCUUAUGGAAUUCUUUAGGGGGGGUUCUUGUUAAAA